AAAAUUAAAAUAUGAUUAAACAACUUUUCAACUUUUCAAGUUUUCGAAACUUUCGCUGAACUUUUGCGUGUGAUCGGAUUAUUUUUUGAAAAAACUAGUAUUUAUUCGUAUUCGGCUGUCGGCGAAUUGUGUUUUCUAUUCGAUAUCCUUCUUUUAAUCGUUCGAACCAAGUUUUAUAUUCGGAAAAACAAUGACUCCUGCUCCAGAAACCAAGUCAGAGAAAGAUAUUAAAAAUGAAAAAGAUAAAUCGUCGGAUAAAGACAAAGCUGAUAAAAAGAAACCAAACAUCGGAUCCUUAGAAGAAGACGAUGAAUUUGAAGAAUUCCGUACCCAAGAUUGGACCAAAAAGGAUGAAGAUGAGAAAGAUUUGAACGUCUGGGAAGAUAAUUGGGAUGAUGAUAACGUAGAAGAUGAUUUUAGCGUACAGCUCAGAGCUGAACUCGAAAAACAAAACCUCAAACCGUCAUUUUAAUCGCUGAAUGUUCGUAUGUCAUCCAACCAAGUAUUUUGUAAUUUAUUGUUUAUAUAAGUUGAAAUUUAUUCUAGGUUUACUUUACAUUAUCGAAUAAAUGUUUUGUGAUACUGCUCUA